AUGAGAUAUCCUACUGAUGUUGGAGAUAUUUCAAUGGGAUUCAAAGGUUGCCAGAGUAAUGAUGGAGCUUAUAUAGAUCAAAGUGUAACAAAAUUACUCGUUGGCACUUGCAAUUGCCCAUAUGUUAGAGUAGAUGAAGAUUGUAACAUAAUUGACAAUAGAGGUAUAAUGAUUGGAACUGGUCUAGAAUUGACUAAUAGAACUUAAGAUGAAUUGAUUAGCUUAGGAAUAGAUAAAAACCUUGUGAAUAAAAUAGCAUCAUUCUUAGGUAAAAAAUCAGACCCUGUAUAAUUUGUAAAAGCAAACAGACUUGAGCUUUCUGAUUCCGAUACUGAAGCACUUGACCAUACUCUACUUACUCAAGAAAUCUUAAGUCUUAAAAGCUAAUAUGAAUAGAACAUGUUUAAUGACGAGGAAAGUUAUGGAAAAGUAGAUUCUAAAUCUAAACCAGCUGUAGAUUAACUAACAAUCGGAACAAGGACAGUCCUAAAUGCAUUACAAAAAAUAUAUGGAACCCCUGCACACAACUAAUAGUAUUUAAAGCUUUGGAAUUAAGCACUGCGUUCUGAUUAUUAGUCCAUUCUUGACUACAUAAAGUCAGAAGAUUUCAUUGGAGAAAUUGUCAACCGAAAAUAUUUGAGUAAAAUACUAGAAUACUGUAUUGUUUAAAUGGCUGAGUCAUAGAAGACAAGUUUAUUAUUCGUUCUAAUGGGCAGCACAUUUAAGGAUGGCAAGACUUUUGGCACAAUGAAGGACUUUCUUACUUCAUUUGUAAAUAGUGUCUAAAGAUCAAUCAAUUACCUUAGUAAUGAACAAAGUCUCAGACCGGAUGCUAAGAGAAUUAUCUAUUUCAUUACAGAUACCAAUCACUAAGAUAUUAUUUAAACUAAGAAAAUGGCAGAUCUGAUUAAAUUGAAUGUAAAAUUUUAUGCUCUUGGCCUUGGUUCUAUAAUUUCAGAUGAUACAUUAAAACUUCUUACUGAUGCUAAUAACUAAGCAUUUAGAUUCGAUGGUGUGGCAAGUCUAUCUUAAAGUUUGUACAAAUUGAAAGUUUUAAGCUAAACAUCACCCUUCUAACUAAACAUUGAUGCUAAAAUAUCAACAAGAUAAUAAAAUCAAGGAAUGUAAUACUAUUAAUUACUAUCGCCAUUAGCUGAUCAAACCUACAGCGAUUUAUAAAUCUAAAUAGACAAAAGUACCAGCAGUGACACAACGAACUUCCAAGUCUAUUACUCUAAGAAUUUUGUGAUACCAAAUCAGUAUUAUAAUGAUAAAUCAAUAGAUCCUGACUCUACAACCUUUUAAUUGAAAGUCAGAGAAGGCUAUAUUGGAAUAAUGAGCAAAUCAUCUUCGUAAUUUGAGACUCUUAACAUUGAAAAAUAAGAUUACUAUUCAGAUUCAGAUUGCAAAUCCGAAUGUAGUUACUGUAAGACUGACAAGACUUGCAAAUAUUGUAACUCAGGCUUUAAAACUGACUCAGCUGGAGGAUCAGUACUUUUCAUCAUCUUAAUUGUACUGCUAUCUCUUUAUAUUAGAAAAAGGAGAAAGAGAAACUUGCAAUGGCAGCUUGAAGAUACAACUCCGCUCAGUAGACAACUCUAUUGA